CAAUGAGUAUUCUCAUGAUUGCUCGCAAGCCUAUGCUAUGACAUCAGGCACCUUGGAUCUUGGCGCAUCCCACUGAGUGAAAUCUGUAGCUGAAUCAGGAGACUAUGGAUUUGUUUUCUUUGAGUGUGAUCUAAAUUCUAGAGGUGCGGCCGACACGGUUUACUGGCAGUGAGUUGAACUCGGUCAUGCUCGGUGAGUUGGUAGCUUCACCGAAAAUGCGCACCCUUUGGUCGCUCGGUGGAGCUUGGACCGGCUCGGUGGCUCCAACCAAUCCAUAGCUCUUGCUCUCAUUCAACCACCAGCCUCGCACUACAGCCUUACCACCAUUCGCGACGCAAAUUCCCUUCCACACCAUGCAGCCGCCCUGCGCAUUAUAGUUUUCUGAUUCCACAACUUUCGAAUCUCUGGACACACCCAUUCAAGAUCGACGCGCGACCUCGAACUGCCCGCCAUGGCGUCGGGCAGCUCCAUGCCCUUCUCUUCCCUCCACCCCGUACCCACGGGCGAUCGCAAACCAAAGAGCCUCGGCGAGUUCAUUGCCCGCGUACAGGCGGAGCGCGGCUUCCGGAAUGUCACCGAAGAAAGUCUAAAAGAGGAAGUCGAGAAUAAGAAAAAUGGCGUCGGCGAGGUGAAGGAGGAAGACACGACAAUGGCCGAGGGAGAGGAUGAGGACGAGGAACCACCCGAUGCUGGCGCCGCGCGGAUGGAAGUGCUGAGGAAUAUUGAUACCGCGCAAAACGCUGCCCUAAUGACUCUCGACUUCAUCUCAUUACUACUCUCGAAAGAAAGCCCUGCCCAGGCAGGUGUCACUCUCUCUCAGCAAUUGCGCGACUGGACCGGCAUUGGAACCCUCGGUAUCGCGAAGCGCGAAGACAACGAGGAACAGAAGCAAAGGGAUGCCGAGAAGGCAAAGGACAACCGCGACGUGUCUCUGGGUUGGGCUUUGCUCGACAUCGAAAAGACAAAGGAGUCGGCCGACAAGGCGGCAACCCACUUGAGCAAGGAAGUGGAGCGUGAAGCAAAGUAUUGGGGUGAGGUGCUGUCAGUACACCAGGCGGGAUGGUCUAUGUGCAGGCUGCCCGCGGAAAGACAUACCCUCGGCGUCAGAUUCGGGUUCUCAGAAGCAUCACCUGAAUUCAGGAAUAGCAGUCUCGCGCCAUUGCGACGCGGAGAUGACGGCUCGGCGCUUCUUCAGCACGGCCGCGUCGGGUCCGGCUGUCAACGCCUCGCCAUCACCGUAAGCAGAUCGGGCGAGCCAAGCGGCCGUCUUGCUGUUGGGGCCUCCGUACCCGACUCGGCCUUGCUACCAGAUCGCGUCCUCGAAGCCCGCAAUACCAUCUUUGCACAAGAGCUCUGGCAUGAGCUUCAUCGUGAAGCACACUCCCUUGCCUCAUAUGGAGUCCGCGCGGAUAACAACUCCAUUAACUUUAACCCCAGCUCGGGACCGAGUUUGACGCUGGAGCUUGAAACCCUCGAGGAUAGCGCCGCGACCGUCGGCGCAUCGCCCGACAACGUCCUUGCCGAAGCAACGCAUCUCGGUCUACAUAUCCUCCUCAGCCAUGCUCAUCGUCUAAACGAGUUACAACGAUUGCGGCCAACGCCCCCUCACCAACGCCGCAACCAAACACAAAACCAGUACCACCUCCUCAGACCCAUCAUCGCCAAGAUCCUCUACGACCGCUCCGUCGAGCAGGUCACUAGUUCCGCCGGCGACCUCACCCGCGUGCUACGACAAGCCGGUGUUGAGGCAGCCUCCUUCACCCUCAACACCCCUCCCUUCCCGACCGCCGAGCUGAAAAACACCUCGGGCGGUGCCUCCAACCGGCCCAACGCCUCCCAAGCACUCACAAAUAUGCUCACAUCCCCGGCAGACUUCCAGAUCGAGCUGACCCUGACCCCGACCUCUCGCCUCCAGAUCCGCGGCCGCACAUUCCUCCUCCCGCUGACAACAACACAAUUCCAACUCCAACUUCUUCCCAACGUUGCAGCAGCGACAGCAGGAAGCGAACCGUCAAACGGCGAGCAACCACCCGCGCCGCCGCCAAACACCCUGCAGUCCUCCUACCCUCCCUCCCGCGACCCGUACCCAGACAUCGCCUCCGUCCAGCUCUACAUCACAAACGCAGCCGCCCACGCACUCACAGACUACGCAAUGUCCCUCAUCCCCCCGCCGCAGCAGCCGGCCAACCCGUCCACACCCCCCUCGGAACCAACCCCCGCGGAGUGGAUCAAGUCCGUCCGCGGGACCGCCAUUCGCGACAUCGACACGGAGACGCGCGAGAUCCGCUUCGAUAUCCUCAACAGCGGUCCCGACAACCGGCCAACGCUGCAAAUUGGCGCCGCCUGGCGCGCGGGAGAUAAGCCUCUCCUGCAGCGCUGGUCUUGGGCGUCUGGUGGCGACCCGUCGUUAUCGUCGUCGCAGCCCCACGUCAGUGACAUCGUUGCCGCUGUCGUCCAGUCCAGGGAGGUGUAGGAGACCACCCUAGUCCGUCUGUGUAGGGAGGAGGUCAGGGCGUGGUUCUUCAACAGCGAAAAGAACGAAUGAAGCGAAUGAGAAGCGCCUCCUCGUGUUUCGGGAUCAUCGGGGAGGCUCAUUUCUCGACGGAAUUAUAUUGCCUGGUGUUUUUAGUAGUCUAGCCAAGGGGGGUAAAUAGCUAAAGGAUGCAUGGUGGUAACGAGGCCAAGGUAGGGUGGUCUGCUCUGCCCGCUAUCAUCAAUAACAAAAGUCAUUUACAACAUGCUUGAUAAUUAUCAGGAUGCUUCUCUACUUCUGUCAGCCUUGUUACUGGGCUAACCUUCACAAUCGAUGAGCGAUUCCGUGUCGUUGAUCAACGGGACCGUUGAUACUAGCCUGCCAAGCGGGUGACACCUGAUUCCGAUUUCCUGCUCUUCAUCUUAACAAGUACCCCUUUCACUACUCAUAUCAUAAUUGCUC